UCCUGUCACUGCCCGCCACUUCUCCCAGGCCCUUCAGAAGCCCAGAACCCACUGCUGCCAGCUGUGUCCGGCCACUGCGGCGGCUGCUCCAGCUGUGGCCUCUGGCAGAAACUUUCCUGCAUCCCUCUCCUCUUCCAAGGAGGCAGGGACAGAAGAAAGAAUAGCCCCCCCCCCCCAGAUUCUGAGAGGGAGGCGGGGGACGAUGUGCAGCCAGGCCCGGGGGGCCAGAGCCAUGGAGAGACCUGGGCCCCCCCACUGGCCUGGCAUUGGGUCCCUCUGCGUUCUGCUCAGCGCAGGGGCUGCCUGGGCAACCCCUGCACCCUCCUGGGAAUUGAAGCCUGAGCCAGGGCUGGAAGGGCCCUUGUAUGAGAGCAAAGUCACUCUAUUACUGGCUGAGGAGAAAGAGAAGCCCAUAUGUUUCACCCAGAGACUGGAGGACCUGGUCUGCUUCUGGGAAGAGACAGCCAGCCCGGGGCCCAGGAACUACAGCUUCUUCUACCACUUAGAGGAGGAAUUAUGGAAACCCUGUGUGCUCAAGGUGGUCUGGACCGGCAGGGGCACGGUGCGCUACACCUGCCCGUUCCCUCUGUCAGACGCCUCCAGCUUCAUCCCCCUGGAGCUGAAGGUCACAGCCACCCCCAAUGGCACGGAGCUGCGCCGGACCAUCUAUAUCAAUGAAGGAGGACCGGCCCAUCAGCUGCCACCAACUGGCCCUUCAGAUUUCCUACGUCCCUCAUGCCCUCACUCUGUGCCCCCAGUAUUUCUGGACCCUCCCUCCGGCUUAACGGUGCAGCGGACAGAGACCCCUAACCAGGUGGCCCUUCACUGGCUGCCACCCCCGAUGGCCCAGCUGACCAAAGACAUACACUACGAGGUCAAGUACUGGGAAGCAGCCGGCACCUCGGAGCAGAGGAUGGACGUCCGGGAAGGCAGGACGGGGUGUGUCAUUGCCAACCUCCGUGGGCACACUCGCUACACCUUCGCCGUCAGGGCAAAGAUGGCCGAGCCCAGCUACAGUGGCUACUGGAGCUCCUGGUCCCAGCCAGUCACAGUGCUGAUCGCCAGUGAACUGGACCCGCUGAUCCUGGGCAUGUCUGCGAUACUCACGGUCAUUCUGCUCUUGCUGGUCCUUGUGGGCCUCCUGUCACAACGCAGGUUUCUGAAGCAGAUGCUCUGGCCGGGCGUCCCGAGCCCAGAGCACGGGUUCCAGGACCUCUUCACCAUCCACAGAGGCAACUUCCAGCUGUGGCUGGAAGAGAGCAACGCCUGCCUGUGGUGGGGGCCGCUGAGCACUUACCUGGAGAAGCCGCCAGCCAGGCUGGAAGUACUCUCUGAGCACUGCCGGGCAGCCCCCGCUGAGCCAGCCCGGGAGGAGGAGCCCCUACUGGGGCCAGAGGCCUGCUGGCUGGCCCAGGGAGCCAAGGAUGACUACCUCGUGCUGGACACGAAGCUGCUGCCCCACAGUCCGGCCGCUGGGCCCCCGGGCAGGGGCCCCUUGGGCCUUCAGGCCUUGGCCGGCAGGGCCCCAGAGGCCCAGGGGGAGCCAGCUGGGGAAGCAGGGGCCAGGUCUGGGGCCUUGGUCCCCGAACCUGAGCAGGAAGAACGGGCAUCUGCCUCCAACUUUGAGUACACCGUCCUGGAUGCCGGCUCUCAGCUGCUCUGCCCACGAGUCUCCCUGCCCGCUCGGCCCCCGGGUCCCCCUGACCUCAAAUACCUCUAUCUGGUGGUUUCAGACUCUGGCAUCUCUGCCGAUUACAGCUCGGGAGCUUCCCAAGGCACCCCUGGCAGCUCCCCUGAGGGCCCCUACACCAACCUGUAUGAGAACAGCCUUCUCCAGCCCAGCCCGGAGCCUCUGCCCCCAAGCUAUGUGACCUGUUCCUAGCGGGUGCCCUCCGAGGCCGACCUGAGGGGCCCAGGGCUGCCGCUCUCCCGGAGGGAGGAGGAAGGAGGCUGGCUGCACUCUCCUCCCUUGCUUCCUGUUCCUUCCAGAGGGCCUAGGCUGAGGGGUGGGGAGGGGGCCGGCACGGCAGCUGCUGAGACUGAGGAGGAAGGGGAGGAGAGGGAAAAUCACUGGCCAGCAGGCUCUUCUUUACCCUUUUAGAUAUAUAUUUUUGUAAUAAAUUUAUUUUCUUUCCAUGUGA